AUGUCAGCAGGGUAUAAAGACUAUGCCCAUGCCACAAUUGACAUACUGAACACCUUCGGGUGGAAAAAUAUUGUGGUGGUUUAUGAAGCGGAUCUGGCGAUUUCCGCACUCACUAUUACUGAAAGGCGAGAGAAAGUUGUGGAUUUCAGCGUCCCCUUCAUGCACUACACCUCAGGUAUACUAUUGAGGAAAGCAUCGUCCAAAGAAAAAAUUGACCUUUUCCAGUUUUUGGCUCCGUUUGAUAAUCAAGUCUGGUUCGCGACCUUGGCCUCCUUGGUAAUCAUUUCCAUUACCGUGUUUGUAAUAAACUUCUACAGUCCUUAUGGAUAUAAAGAUAAUAAUGGCCGAGGGACAUCAAAGGAGUUCAGGUUCUUCAACAGUGUAUGGUUUUCUUUGGCUUGUAUGCUGCAACAGGGGGGAGAUAAUACACCAAGAAGUCUAUCAGGUCGGAUACUCGUUGGUUGUUAUUGGUUCUGCAUAUUAAUCUGGAUCUCGACAUAUACUGCUAAUCUGGCAGCUUUUUUCACUAUAAAAAACGUCGAGAGUCCAAUAAACAACUUUGAAGACCUCGUGAAAUCGUCUUAUUCGGUCGCAUUAUUUGAUUCAUCUAGUAACUCAGAGUACUUCAAGCUCAGUGGCUACGAAACACACAAAAAGAUCUGGCGGAAAGUAGAAUCGGAAGGUACUCUUGCUGAAAGUGUAACACAGGGUGUUCAGUGGGUGAGAGAAAAAGAAGAGUUCGCGCUCAUAACUGACGGGCCUUUUCUCAAAGAAAUUGCUGGAAAGCCACCCUGUGAUUUAACAGUAGUGCCAGUUUCAGGCAUGUCUCAAGGACUUGCUCUGGCCUUCCAAGCCAACGAUCUCCAUACAAAUGAAUUCACACUUGCUAUUUUGCGUUUGCACGAAAACUCUUUCCUUGGUCACUUGGAACGGAAAUGGUGGAAAAGCAGAAACGACUGUCCAGUAGAAGAAGAAACAUCGUUGUCUCGAAGGCAAAUUGGUCUUAUGAGUCUGCUGGGUGUCUACGCGGUGUUGUGUGCUGGGAUGGUAUCAGCUUUUCUGACCCUACUUGCUGAAAUCUACUGGAAAAGAAGAGCCUAAUAUGGACACGACUUCGUUCAUUGAAAACUCAAAGCCGACGAUCUACGUAAUUAAUUCAUCCUCUAAAUGUUCUUUCAACUAGGAAUAUUAUUUUAGUGUAAAACAGAUAUUGAAGUUUGUUUACC